UUUGGUUGCUAUUACUUUCUUGGUAGCCUCUUUCAAUUGUAAGGUUUUUUCCCUCUUUAUGCUCAUCGUGUAAAAAUGAAAGGUUUAGAUAAUAAGAAAUAUAAUGAUGAGGUGUCCUUGUUGAUCUAUCCAUUUAUCUUUCUCAGUCUCUACGCGUCUUUUAAAAAAACAAAAAGACCUAUAGUAUUUGUUCGUCAGCUGUCUGCUCGAAUGGAGUAUGUAUUCUCCGCCAACAUUGCCCCGAUCUUGUAUUAGAUAUUAACAUCUUAUUGCCCUUCCA